AUGAAAUCGACUGCACCACUUCGAGUUCAUUUGAACGUUUGUGAACAAUCAUCACAAUAUUCAUCAUUUGAUCCAAACCAUAUGUCGGUACCAUCAACAGUAAUAUAUGGAAAAAAUAAAUCAAAUACAACUAUUCCUCAUGCAAUAUCAGGGAAUCUUGAUUGUAACGCACAAAAAUUUGCUCGUUUUAGCAGUGUUAGUAGUAGUUAUACUCAAUUUUUAAAACAACGUGAUAUGGAUAAAGUGAAAAAAAUUUUAUCCCAAGAAGAUCAACGAUUUUUGUUAUCAUCAAGUGAAUGGGUCGAAGAUGUGAAAGAUACUGAUCCGUAUGUUUCUGUUAUUAGUCGACUUGGUGAAGCUAUACAAGAUUCAGAAACAUUAGUCGAAUUCGUUAAGAAAUCUUUUUCCAUCGUCAUUAAUACAUGUGUUAAAUAUUUAAAUGACUGCCCAGUACAACCUAAUCUACCUGUUUAUUUACUUGUUGUCGGUGCCAUGGGUCUUGUGCGUGUACUAAAUUUACUAUGGAAAUUAUUUCGUCGAAGACGCAUGCGAAAAUUAGAAGGAAUUGAACUUGAUCAAGAAGAAGAAACUGAAAAUAAUGGUUCUGAUUUCACAGAUGCUGUUCUAGAUCUAUUCCUUCUUGCUUGGUUUAUUGUUGGACAAUUUUGGACUUGGCGUGUUUUUAUGCCAAGUUUUGAAUUCGGAUUAGAAGAUCCUAAUAAUUAUUGUCAUAGAAACGUAUACAUAUUUACGCUUGUCCAUAUUGCAUUUGUUUAUACUAUGUUUUUAGCAGUUGUUGUUUUUCUUAUUGCACUUACAUGUUGUGCAACAUAUCCACAUUUAAUUAUUAAGACACCACGUUAA